AUGGCCUACAAUCAGGCUUCUUCAGGUCUGGACCCCAAUAGCACCACUACAGUGGAAGAUUUCCAGAGCGGUGCCAGAUCAGUCCUAUCCAGGAGGCUCUUGAAGGGCGCCAUAUUAGGUGAUAGAUCACUGCAGUCGGACACCCUUCCAGAAGAUGAACUAAAUGGAAACUCCACAACAUGCACCUGCCCACUAGAGGAGCUUCGGAUCGAAGCCUUUUCCAAGGAUGACUUUCUGCAGUAUUUCAAUCAAACAGUUAUUGAGUUGAAGGAAGAGGGACUCCUGCAGUCUGUGCGAGCAGUGGAGCAACUGGAGGAGGGGCAGAAUGUAGAAUGUGGCCAGGACAUCCAAAGCUUCACAACAGCUGUGUUUGUUGAAAUGAACGUGAAGUCAGAUGAAGCCAAAUACUUUGCGCAGCCCAUCAUGGAGGAUACAUUCAAGAACACCUACAAUGCUUUGUCCUACUCUGUUUGCGAUGGGGUGUUUAGUACCAUCAAUGAAUCAACGUCACCAGUACUGGUGACAACGAAUGUGUUUUCCAUUGCUGCUGAAGAAACAAAUAGAGGCCAGUUCUUCCCAGAAGUCAACGUGACAGUGCAUCGUCUUCUCGAGGGGCAACAAGUCGAAUGUGGGUCAAGCCAAAAGAUAUUCAGCAGACAAGUCAGCUCAGGCUUGAGGCUGAAUCUUACAACCCUGUCCAAAGAGGAAGUUUCUGCGUUGGAGCAAUGCUUUCAGAAAACUUACAACAAUCUUGCCUUUGAGGGUUGUGAUGGCCAAUUCAGGACGCUGGGGAGGGUUCAGCUCCAGCUUGUGCAGCAUUACAAUGUUUCAAACCAAAUGAUCCAGGAUGGAGAAUCGAAUGUUACUGGAAGUGAGCCAGCUGGUUUUACCGGAAGUGAACCAGCUGGUUUUAACACAACUGAGCCACAAAAUGUGUCUUCGCUUGUUAGAUUCCUUGUAAAUGGAACCUGCAGGAAUUGCAACCUCUCAGAUACAUGCAGUUUUGCCCUGUUCGAUGAAUCUUCUGCCAGGGCUCUGGCUGAGGGUCAGUUUGAUCCCAGUGGGCUCCCAAUCUCAUGGAAUCAAGGUACAAAUGAUGUAUGUGUCUGUCCUUUUGGUACUCUUGCUGGAUUUCAGCAAGGUCCUUCUGUGCUGGAAUUUCUGGAGGCCUUUCUUGAAGAAAUAUCAGCUCUCAUUGAGGAAGGAGUUUUGGUGUCUGUGGAGCAGCUGCCUACAUUCUUUUCUGAAGGAUCCAGGGCUGGCUGUUCAGAACAGGUUGUGAUUGAGGUGACCACCAUAACAGAAGAUAGCACAAGUUCCCGAAAUGACAAUGCCACGCUGUCUCCAGUCUCAGCACCUAUCUCUACAAAGGCAAACACAACAGACGACUCCGCAAUGCCCACUCCUAGUUCGCUGCCAAGCCAACAUCCUUCUUUGUCCCCAUCUUCAUCUCCUACAGUUUAUGGCUGCCCUGAUCCAUUUGCUACAGUUGAAGCACAAUAUGUUCUUGUCUUCUCUGGCAGUACAGAGAGUCUGUCUGAUCUUGACUUGGAAGAUUCCUUUACUGCUGCAGAUGCAAUGCUAGAAAAGGAGGCAUGUGAUCCUUUUGUCCUCAGCGCAAAUCUACAGAAGAGAAUAGAUUCUAUGCAAGUUGUGAAUUUUAUUGUGGAAUCUAUGCAAGUGAAUAACAAUUUUAUGUAUUCAACUGAUGCUGAGAUGGAAGAGUUCAUCGCUGGUUUCAACUCAAACCCUAGGUUACAAGCAGGUGAAGUGAGGGCUGAGGGAAUCCUGUCCAGUUACAAUACAGUGAAUCCAUCAGGCUUGCCAUCCUUCAGUCCAAGUGACUUCCCAAGCCUCAACCCUUCGAUUGUUCCAUCACAACAUCCAAGUACGGUAAGCCCUUCAAAUGUUCCCAGCCACACUCCCAGUAAGCUUCCCACUACUGGACCAAGUUCUGUUCCAAGCACUAUCCCUUCAGGCUUUCCAAGCACUAUCCCGAGUCUAACCCCAAGCAGGGAACCAAGUUCUACUAGUCCAAGUGAAACUCCAAGCACUGACCAAAGUGAAAAUCCAAGCACACGUCCAAGCCACGCACCAAGCACCAUCCCCUCAAAUGGCCCCAGCGUCAGUCCCUCUCAGACACCUUCUAGUUCUCCAAGUAAUGUGCCAACUUUCUCUCUCUCUCAUAGACCCAGUGUGAACCCAUCUUCAAGUCCCUCUCUGGUCCCUUCGGUAGUACCCUCCCAAUCUCCGUCUGUCAACCCCAGCACAUCACCGAGCAAUGUACCAUCCGGGUAUCCCAGCUCCACACCAACAAAAACACCCACCAAGGUCCCAACUAGGCUACCUACAAGGAACCCCACACAGCCACCCACGAGAAAUCCCACCAAAACUCCCACUGAAGCACCCACUAAAGCUCCAACACAGGCCCCAACCAAAGCACCAACCGGGUUGCCUACCCGGGCACCAACCAAAGCUCCCACCAAAGCACCAACCCAGUCUCCCACUGAGGCUCCCACCAGAAACCCUACGAAAGCACCUACAAAAAUUCCAACACCAGCCCCCACUGCAGCACCCACUUUUGCAGUGAUAAAUGACAAGACAGAGCUUGCUGCUGCCCUAAACACUGGAACCUCCUUCCAACCAAUCCCCAUGGACCCAUUGAGACAUGGGAUGUGUCCAGGAUUACUGAUUUGGCAGGAUGCCAUGGGUAUCUCAAGCCCAUUCGCCCAGUACUUUACAUUCAACGAAGACAUCAGCUUGUGGGAUGUUAGUUCUGUUACUACUUUUUCAAACCUCCUUUUGGAUGCUCCUGCCUUCAACCAGGAUUUGAAUAGCUGGGAUGUCAGCAAGUCUACUGACUUUUUUGGCAUGUUUAGUGGUGCUAUAAGUUUCAAUGGUGAUAUUUCAAGUUGGAAUGUUGCCGGAUCCACCACUUUUCUUGGCAUGUUCCAGGGUGCAACUUUUAACAGAGACAUUUCAUCUUGGGACGUCAGCAAUGCACUCGAUUUUUCAAGCAUGUUUGCUACUAAUGCUGUGUUUAACAUAGAUAUCGCGGCAUGGAAUGUUGGAAUGGGCACUACCUUCGAUCAGAUGUUCAGCGGUGCUAGUGCCUUCGAUCAGGAAUCUCUCUACUUUUUGUGUCUUCAUGAAGUAUUGCUGACACAUGAUGUCUUACAAGCGUAUACUCAUGCCAUCUUUUUUCUGCUCCUCUCUUUUCCAGGAUGUAUCUGGUUGGUCCGUUAA